AUGUCUUCUUUAAAAAGAAAGAGAGCACCUGCUUCCCGCCCUCCGAUCACACCUGGUACCUCUGGGCCACGACUGGGCUACAGGGCGCCAUCAAGCCAAGCCCUCAGCAUUUCAAGUGGUCCUCCUCAAGUCCCUAUCAUUUCGUCGGAAAUUCAAUUACGGACUCCGUUCCCUACAGACACCAAGAUUGUAACAGAUCGGUCGGUGAGGGCCACUGAUGAUGACUUUGAUGACUGUGUCGUUGCAGCCAUCGAUAUGAAGGAUCAUGGCACUGUCGGAUGUUCAUACUACUCAACCGAAGAGGAAAAGAUGUAUCUGCUCGGUGACAGUCGCUUGGGGGAUAUGGAGACCGUUGACGCCCUGCUUCUCCAAAUCAAACCUACAGUUGUUUUGACAUCACCACGGGUCGAUCUUAAUUCGCAGAAUCAAGAUCAAAAUCUCGCACAAGAAGAUGUUUCUUCUGCCUACCUUCCUUACCAGAUAGACAUUCGUCCAACGUCGGAAUUCAGCUACUCCAAUGCAGAAAGCAAAAUCCUUGCUUUGGAAAUUUCAGCUACCCACGAACAGCGCAUUCGAUUUUUCGUACCCCAAAAUGGCCUUGCUGGACCGGAAGAAGUGGACCCAGAGGAGAUGGGCUUCACACUCCAAGAAGGAAGACUGUUACACAUCUCAAGCUCCGUCGACAUGGAAAACCCUGUGACAAUUGGUUGCGCAGGAGCUAUACUCACCUACCUACAGCGACGAAGAGCUGCAGCGCCUAGCUCAUUUGAAGACGGAAAUGAGUAUCGCGUUCGAGCACUGCAGAUGUUCAAUCUACGGGAUAUGAUGUGGAUCAACAGCAAUACCUUCACCUCUCUACAGAUCAUCCAGUCGGAGUCACACCCGAGUAUGUUUAAUCAGGGCCCAGGGAAAAAGUCAGCUACGGGCAAAGAGGGUCUUUCGGUCUAUGGGCUCUUCCGGCACUUUGCAUACACCCCUCAGGGUAGGGCAAGACUCAAGCAAAUCUUUUUCCGUCCAAGCGUUGAUCUAGAUACGAUUCGCGAACGGCAUGACUUUAUAGGGGUUUUUUCCCGCCCUGAAAAUCUUGCUGCAUUGGACAAGAUUAUCAAAGCAUUGAAACACGUCAAAAAUCUCAGGCCUGUCAUGGUCAAUCUUCGCAAGGGAAUUAGCACUGGCAGUGCAAAGAUUACUGGGUUCAAAACUACGGUUUGGGCUAGUCUUCUUGCUGCUGUGAAAGUCUUUGAAGCAGCACAGCUGUACAGAGUUGGUCGCAUGAUACAAGAAAUUGUCGAUAUCGAUAACUCCGAAGAACAAGGAAGAACAGUGGUUAAGCAAGGAGUUGAUAGAGAUCUUGACAAAAUUAAAGACAGAUACGAUGGUCUCAACAGCCUUCUCAAGCACGUUGCCCUCGACAUUGCCGCAACAAUCCCGGUGACUCUCGAAGUUGACGUCAACGUCAUUUACUUUCCUCAGCUUGGGUUCAAUAUUGCUAUUCCACUCAAAAACCAUGGCGCCGCGGCAUAUGCGGGCUCCGAUGAUGAGUGGGAUUUGAUGUUCGUCACGGAGAAUCGGGCAUAUUUCAAAGACUUCCGCAUGAGAGAGAUGGAUGAGAAGCUGGGGGAUCUAUACAGUUUCAUAUGCGAGAAAGAAAUUGAGAUAGUGUACGACUUGGCGCAGAGGGUCCUUCGAUAUGAGAAUGUGCUUGUCGAUGCCUCUGAUCUUUGUGGGGAUAUCGAUAGUCUUCUUGCUCUCACACAGGCAGCCAGCUUCUACAAGUUGACUAGGCCACGAAUGGUUGAACAAAAUGUGAUCAGAAUCAAGGGUGGUCGGCACAUUCUUCAAGAGCUAACAGUUUCAUCCUAUGUACCAAAUGACACAUUGCUCGUCGGUGGAAACGAAUCCGAAACCUGUGAUGCUUCUUCCUUCAUAGAUUCCUAUCCCAGCAUGUUGCUCUUAACUGGACCGAACUACUCAGGAAAAAGUGUCUACAUCAAGCAGAUUGCUCUGAUUGUCUAUCUAGCGCAGAUUGGGAGCUUCGUCCCUGCACACAGCGCGGAAUUGGGGGUCACAGAUAAGAUAUUGACAAAAAUCAACACCCAAGAGAGUGUUUCCAAGGUCCAAAGCACAUUCAUGAGCGAUUUGCAGCAAAUUUCUCUCUGCCUACGACAAGUCACAAAUCGAAGCUUGGUCAUCAUCGAUGAGUUUGGGAAGGGUACCAAUGAAAGCGAUGGCAUUGGACUUGCCUGUGGCAUACUAGAUUACCUUCUGUGCUUCAAGUAUCCCGCUAAAGCCAUUGCAGCAACUCAUUUCCAUGAGAUUUUCGAAAACAAUUUUCUCUCUCUGCAGCCUCGACUCCAACUUGGCCAUAUGGAAGUUCAAGUCUGCGAAGAAACCCAGGUCGAGGACCAGAUCACAUAUCUCUAUAAGUAUCUAAAGAGACGCAGGCUCUUGGAUGAUUAG